AUGAUGGACGUCCUACAUGGCAGCCUUUUCCUCAAAACACCAAAAAUUUUUUCUGGAAAAGAAUACAGUGUGACUGUAAACUCAAAGCUGGUUGUCAUUACCGCUGGGCCAUGUCAACAGGAGGGAGAAAGUUAUCUUAAUUUGGUCCAGCAUAACGUGAAUAUCUUUAAAUUCAUCAUUCCCAAUAUUGUUCAAUACAGUCCUACUUGCAAGCUAUUUAUUGUUUCCAAUCCAGUGGAUGUUUUGACAUACGUGGCCUGGAAGCUAAGUGGCUUUCCUAAAAACCAUGUUAUUGGAAAGGGGUUGCAAUCUGGAUUCUGCCCAUUUCUGCUCCUAAUGGGGGAGAGACUUGGUGUCCAUUCUUCAAGUUGUCAUAGAUGGGUCCUUGGGGAACAUGGAGACUCCAACAUUCCCGUGUGGAGUGGUGUGAAUGUUGUCGGUGUGUCUCUGAAGAAUCUUUAUCCUGCUUUGGGAACUGAUGCUGAUUCAGAGAAUCGGAAAGAUGUUCAUAGACAGGUGAUUGACAAUGCUUAUGAGGUAAUCAAGCUAAAGGGCUACACUUCCUGGGCCACUGGCUUGUCUGUAACAGAUAUGGCAGAAAACACUAUGAAGAAUCUUAGGAGAGUGCAUCCAAUUUCCACCAUGAUUAAGGGCCUAUAUGACAUUAAUGAAAAUGUCUUCCUUAGUGUCCCAUGUGUCUAG